AUGUUAGACUUUGCUUCUUCCACUUUCCAGCAAGAUCUAUUGUAUUCUUUCUAUUUCAAAGCCUUCCAUGCUUUGGUCUACCAUUGGCACCCAUUCACUCAUCUUCCUAUAGUUCUCGAGCUAGUGCCCAAGAUUUCUAAGAGCAUGUUUUAAUCUUUCACUCAAGUGAUUCGGACUGUUAGACAUUAUUUGACUUAGGCACAACUUUCAACUCAUUCCUUCUUUGCACUGUCCUAUGUUACUUAAAGAGCUAUUCCUUCUUACUCUUGGAUCUCUGCCAGGUUAUAAAUUGCAUGAAGACUUUUGAGUGAUUGUGCUUGGAGAUAUAUAUUUGAAGCAAAGGAUGUCAGCCCAACUCUGAUCCAGUCUUAUAAGCAUCUUGGUCAAUAAGCGUAUUAGGAUAAAUGACAGUUCGAGAGAAAUCAAGAAAGACUCUUUGGAUAAUUUUGAGAUAUAAAUUAUUCAUUAUGCUCUUUCUCUUCUUUCUGGCUUUCUAUGGUGACGUUCUUCUUUGUUUGCAGACAUGGGCCUCUCUAGGAGGUGUUACAAACCUCUUUCUUCUUUUUAUCAAUGGUGUUAUGAAUGAUUCUAGAUCGACUAGAAACUUUAGUCUCGUCCAAUCUUCUUCUUUUUGGCUGUCUUGAUUUUCAUUAAGGAGAAGCUAAUUCAUUGAAUGGCUGUAAUGAAGGAAUUAGAGUUACGAACUUAUUCUUGUAUGUUAUUACUUUAUCUAAAAGCUUAACCAUCUUUUCAGUUACUCUUAUCAUUUCGUUGUCUUCUUUUUGGUGUUUAUUUUUCUUUGUUAGUAAGCUCCUUCUACUAGCCCUUGGAGUUCUUAAUUGAAGAGGGUUCUUACAAUGCCAAACAAGAACUUUCUAUCAGAACCUGAUUUUCAUCAAAAUCUGGGACACACGCUUGUAUUUCUUUGUUAUCUUUCCAAGUUGGUCACAGAUUUGAAACUUAAAGUUCAUCGAACUUUGGACAUAAAUAAUUUUUAUCUCAUUACUAAAGAAGACUUAAUUAAAGAGAUCUCUGUGAUUAAAUUACCUUCUUGGUAUUAUCUGUGAUCAAUCUGAUGAACGAAACAGGGCACUUCCUCUUUUGGAGUAGCCAAAAUUUUAUAUAGAUAGCUUAACCUUUUAAAGAUAUAAAACAAUCUUUGAGCCAUAGGAUUAGUUUGACUUAAAAUUACUCUGAUACUUGUAUAUGUGGUAAAGACUUUUCUUAAGCCUCAUUUCAUUCUUUAAAUCCCCAGGAGUCAUAACUUUACUUUCCAUCUUUAAACUAACAAUGCUCAUGAAGUUGUAUUUUUCUUAAUUAACCUUGGCAUCAAAUUUCUGAAAUAUUCAGAACAUAGGUAAAAGAGGCCAAAGCGGCCAAAAAUAGGUGGACUCAUAGGCUUUCAGAAUAAUUAAAACCAUGAAGAUUAGGUGGAAACUACAGCUUUGCACAGAAAUCUGGUGAAAUCGAUUUUCUCGAAAAUUAAUAUUUUGGAUAAUUAGAUAUGAAAACAUAAGUUUUUUAUUGGGUUGUUGAUUCUGUUUUGCAAGAAUAUACUAUCCACCUCAUCAAAACUCUUCUUGAAGGGAUUUAGCCUAAUUAUCUGUCCUAUUUUCUGCUCUAUACUUAUCAUAGCCUUUAUCUAAAAGAAUACUCUUUUUAUUGGGUUUAGAAAUGGUCAGUAUGGUGGAAUAGUGAUCAGAGGUAGGUUUCCUGAUUUCAGAAUGUAUGAACUGCCUUGAUCUUUUGGAUCCUGGGCAUUAUCAAUGGUAGAGAUGGUAUUUUCUAAAUUUGUCUUUGGCAACUCUUGCAGGAAAUGGAGAAAGUUAUCAGGUUUAAAAAUCCUGCAGUCCAUAUUACAUCUUCUAUUUUUCUAACUGAGACUCCUAUUAUGAAGCUCAUAGAGAAUUCAGUAAAGGGCAAAAAAUAUUCCAGGAGUGCCCUUCUUUGAUCGCCCGUAGUGCUUAAUAGACUCCGAUGAAUAACUAAAUUCAUAAAUGUACAGUAAACUAUAGCCAGAUUCUUCAAGCUGAAGCUGAAGAGAAAGAGAAACUGAUCUUAGUAUCAACUUCAGACUGGCUGGCCUCUUUAUCUUAAACCCCAUGUGCUAAUUUUCCUGAAACUAAACCCACAAGCAGCUUUCAUGUAAGACCUCAUUUUUGAUUCAGAAAUAUCAUGCAGUCAGAUCAUCAUCUGAGCAUAAAUUUCCUUACUGUUCCAGUAUUAAAAUAUUUUCCUUCUUUUUAGUAACAGCGCGACUUCAGAACAGUAAUUUGCCCUUCUGAUAGCUUUUUCUCCUUGUUGAGGCUCUUCUUAUUGGUUUUGAGAACUGCUUUUGUUCCUUUUCUAUACUUUGUGAGACAAUUCUUUAUGCCUCUUAUCUGGACAAAGUAUUUACUGUCUCAGUGGACAUGUCUUCACUGAGGAUUUCUACUUCAAAGAUAAUCAAAGAACUUUGGUCUUUGUAGAGGAUGGUUUUUCUAAAGUCUGUUCUACACAUGAAUAAUCAUCAAUGUUAUAUCUGCUUUCCAGUUCAAAGAGCUGAAAAUUUGGUCCAACACAUCGUCCUUGUUUACAUCAAAUUAUUGCAAAUCGCUUUCAAGGCAAAUUAAGUCUCUUCCUUGGC